AUGAUUGAUAAUAAUAAUAACAAUAUGAAGAAAAUUAAGAAGAAUUCAUCACUGUCCUAUUUUCAUAAUUUUAAUGGUCAUCAUAAUAGUCAGUAUCAAACAACAUCAACAUUGAUAACUAUGAAUGGUUGUUCGGGAAUGAAAACAAGCCAGUCAGAGUUUGAAUUGAUUGGAUGCAUUGGAAGUUAUGGUUCUCAGAAUGGUCAAUUCAAGAAUCCAUCUGAUGUGGCUAUUGAUUUCAAAAAUCAAUUAAUAUUUGUUGUGGAUACAGAUAAUAGACGUAUUCAGGUUUUUGAUGAGUCAACUCUGACAUUCAAGUACAUGUUUACGACACCAUUCAAACCAAAUGCAGUGACAGUUCAUUGGGAUCACACUUUAAUUAUUAGUUUCACUCGAGAUUCAUUGAUUUGUAAAUAUGAUUUUAAUGGAAAUGAGAUAUGGAGAUGGGGAGGAGUUACAACAAAGAAUGUAAUGGAUUCUCCAACAGGUGUUGUGGUUGACUAUGAGGGAAAUAUCUAUGUUUGUGAUUGGUUUAAACAUAGAAUUGUAGUUUUUUCUCCAGGUGGUGAAUUACUGAAAUCGAUAGGAUCUAUGGGAAAGGAAUAUGGUCAAUUCUCAUUCCCAAGAGAUAUUGACAUUGACAGUGCUGGGAAUAUCAUUAUUUCUGACAGUGGAAAUAAUCGCAUACAGAUACUGAAAUCUAAUGGAGAAUUUAUAAGUAGUUUUGGAAGUAUUGGAAAUGAUAAGGGAGAAUUUCAAGCACCAAACUCUGUUUUUGUGGACAAGUCAACUGGUGAUAUAUUUCUUACAGAGUGGGAUUCACAUAGAAUUUCAAAAUUUCAUCCUAGCAAUCCCUUUUCUGGUUCUACUUGCAUUGGUAGCUUUGGAAACCAUGAAAAUUCACUGAAAUAUCCUUCUGGAAUUGCAUUCUGCUACGGGUCAUCUCGUUUGUUUAUUGUUGAUACUGGAAAUAAUAGAAUCAAGGUUUACAGAGUUACAUGA